UGCUCGUACUACGAGCACGAUAUACGCACGUGAUUGCACUUCCAUAUAUUUGCGCUUGAAGCAGCCUCGCUGCGCAUUGCUCGGUAGAACUUGUGCUGCGCACGGGUGCAACUCGUGCGAAGAAAAAAGCUCUCAGAGCCGGGAGGCCUGGGAGUUCAUUUGUGCCAAAUGUGCAAGAUCGCAUUGUUAACACUCAUAGCAGCGCACACAAGUGCUCUCGCACCUUCAUUUGACGCCUUCUCCGCAGCUGCGACCGGCUCUUGGACCGGCACGCAGUAUCAAUGGCCAGGCGACGCAAAUGGCGUCGCGUGCGAAGCCGUCGUCGACGAGGUCAUGCGCAGCUGCGGCGGCGCCGUGCAGGGGAUACGCGUCGGCGAUGGCCCCCUGCUCAACCGACAGGACGACGGGUUCUGCUUCUUCGACUGCGGCUCGUGGACGCAAGGGCCGACCAAACUCACAGAUGGCGUGCUUAACCUCGACGUCGGCCUCGUGGCGCAGAGCGGCUCGCGCGUGCGCUGCACCGCCUCCGUCAGCGCGGGCAACUUGGUCGACGCGACUGUCGUAGUGGAGGAGCGCGCCGACGCAGUGCGGCCGGCGACCGAACGCGGACUCGCGGCCGCGGGCACGCCUUGGCUCGCGCCGCGUCUCAAGUGGACGCGGUCGCCCGAGGCGACGACCCUGCCGGCCGACGCCUUAGCACUCCCCGGCGGCGCGUGUAUUGCCUGCAUUGAUAACAACGGCGCGACGGACGUCGUCGUUCACGCGGACGACAUUUCCCUGACGCGUUCCUACGACGCGUCGGGGGCGCUCGUCACGAUACGAAUCAGCACUGUACCACAAGACGCCGCCGACGCGCCCACGGGCCCACGGAGGGCGAGACUAGACUAAG